AUGUACAAAUUAGACAAUAACGAGAUCGAAGAUGAAACAAAUAAUUCCGUUUCUUUGACAAGCCUUCUGGAAUUCCUUGACCCGAUUGCAUCGAAAGUUGUUUCCAAAUACUAUCAUGGUUCUAAUCUUUCCAAAGCAGAACAGAAAUUGCGAAAUUUUGAGGGCUUUAGAAGACGUAAACCUCACCACGAUCACGAUAGUCAUCAUCCACACCACCUGAAUAGAAGUCGCUCCAUUUUGCAAUUAGAGGAUUUUAAGUUAAGGGCCUUACAAAGAAUCAAGAAUUUAGACAAACCCUUGGACUCCAUUUUUUUCAAGAACAGCUCCAGAUUGGAGAAAGCAUUCUACCCUUUCACGCUUUUUAACAUCUUUUUCAUUGGGGUCCUGAUGGCUAGGUUCCCUGGAUGGUUUCACGUUUACUAUACUAUUUUAUUUUUCGUUUUGAUGCCCAUCCGUUUUUACACUUAUUAUAAAACCAAGAACCACUACUUUCUGGCAGACUUCUGUUAUUUUGUUAAUAUGUUAUGCCUAUUGUUUAUUUGGGUUUUCCCACAUUCAUCCAGCCUUUUCCAGUCCUGCUUUGCAUUCACUUUCGGGACGUUAUGCUUUGCUGUUAUCACUUGGAGAAAUUCCCUGGUGAUACAUUCUAUUGAUAAGACUACCUCAUGUUUUAUUCACAUAAUACCUCCUUGUGUCAUGUACGUUAUCUAUCAUGGAUUAACGCUCGAAUACAAGGUCGAGAGAUUUCCGGGGGCCAUUAUUCAAAGCGAACUGGACAUCAAGAAAAAUAUUCUUUGGACAUCUCUUUAUUAUUUAGUUUGGCAAUCUCUAUACCAUUACUUUAUCACUUUAAAGAAGUCUAGCAAGAUCAAGUCCGGCGAGAGGAUGACAAGUUUUGAAUACUUAACGACUCAUCAAUUCAAAAAUUUCUGGGCGGUUAAAUUGAGAUCACCUUGGCCAAUGAUAAUCUAUACGCUUUCUCAGUAUUUCUUUCAGUUGUUUACGAUGCUACUAUGUGGUAUAUGGAUUCGUUAUAAACUAGCCGCCGCCAUAUUUUUAACCGUGGUAUUUCUAUGGGCGUCUCAUAAUGGAGCCACCUAUUAUAUCGAUCACUAUGGGAAGAAUUUUGAAAAAGAAGUUGAUAGGUUACGUCUUGAAGUAGAAAGUUUGCAACAAAAGUUGCAACCUGAUGCCGACGCAGAAGUAUCUGAUACAUCUGCGAACGAUAAAGGCUACUCAACUAUCGAUCCUAAUGAAGACUUUGAAAACUCAUCGAGUGUAUCCUCAAAAAGUUGUUAA